AAAUAUAACUUUUCAUAUCAGAAACAAACAUGCAAGCCCAGGCCAGAUGAGAGAAAGUAACGCAAAUGUAACGUAACGCAUUACUUUCCAUAAAUGUAACUAAGUAACGUUAUUUUUUAUGGAGUAAUACAAUAGUGUAAUGCAUUACUUUUAAAAGUAACUUCCCCAACACUGCUAGCAGAAAUGAAACUUGUUGCAAAGCUGCAUGGCGUCCUAUCAUCAUCACAGUAGCACGCUUAAAUUCCCUGAGCUCUUCAGAUUCAUCUACAUGUGUGUAAAUACAGACUGCAUGCUGGGAGAUUUUAUACACCUGUGGCAGUGGGUCUGAUUGAAACACUUGAAUUCAGGAAUUAAGAGGUGUGUCCCAAUACUUUUGUCCAUGUAGUGUGUAUAUGGCAGACAGUAGUGUCACUAUUCAGCUCAAUAACGGCGUCAGUGUUGUAAAAUUCAUCACUUAUGAAAGAUCAAGUUUUGUUCAGUGCAGGGUGAAACAUCUGUAACUCCUCAGCUGAGAAAGUGUUUUUCUGAUAGCACCGAUCGCUCUGAUUGAUGAAGCAGAUGCUUGUCUCAGCAGAAAGUGUUCGGUCAGGUUGUGUUGUUUCUGUGUGGAUAUCUUUAGUAAGGGCAAAGUCUGGAUGGUCAUUUUUAGAAUCAGGGCUGAUGUGCAAAUAAACACUGACCUGAACGAGAACUGAACGGCCGGAUCUGAGCGUGAGGAGAGGAUAAAGCGUGUGUGAGAGACAGAGAGUGUGUGUAUAGAGGAUCUGUCAGGAUGGGAGCUCGUAUCAGGCGCUACUCAGACGUCAUGGCUCUGCCGGACUCCUUCAUUCAGAAGCAGCAGUUGGACGCAUCGAUGGCCGACACGUUUCUUGAGCAUCUGUGUCUGCUGGACAUCGAUCAGGAGCCGAUCACUGCGCGCAACACCAGCAUCAUCUGCACCAUCGGCCCUGCCUCCCGCUCGGUCACCAAACUGCAGGAGAUGGUGAAGGCCGGUAUGAACAUCGCCAGACUGAACUUCUCUCACGGCUCUCAUGAGUAUCAUGGAGAGACGAUCUGUAACAUCCGUGAGGCAGUGGAGAAGUUGACCUCUGACCCACUGUACUACAGGCCUGUAGCCAUCGCUCUGGACACCAAAGGACCGGAGAUCCGCACCGGCCUGGUUAAAGGGUCUGCAGAUGCUGAGGUGAUGCUGGAGCGAGGAGCGUCGGUUCGAGUGGUGACGGCAGAGGCGGAUCGUGAUAAGACGGACGGGUCAGUGAUCUGGAUGGAUUAUCCCAGCCUGCCGUGCGUGCUCAAGAAAGGAAGCAGGAUAUUCAUUGAUGACGGCCUCCUCGCACUCAAAGUCCUGGAGAUUGGUGAGACGUGGGUGGAGGCUCGCGUUGAGAACGGUGGCAUUCUGGGUAGUCGUAAAGGUGUGAAUCUGCCGGGGGCGGAGCUGGUGAACCUGCCGGCGGUGAGCGACCGCGACCGAUCCGACCUGCUGUUCGGCAUGGAGCAGGAUGUGGACAUCAUCUUCGCCUCCUUCAUCCGCUCGGCUGAAGACGUGAGGGCCGUGAGGGAGGUGCUGGGAGCCAAAGGACAGAACAUCAAAAUCAUCAGCAAAGUGGAGAGCAGACAGGGUGUUCAGAAUUUUGAGGAGAUCCUGAAGGAGAGUGAUGGCAUCAUGGUGGCUCGUGGUGACCUUGGCAUCGAGAUCCCGGCAGAGAAAGUCUUCAUCGCUCAGAAGAUGAUGAUCGGACGCUGUAAUUCUGCAGGAAAACCCGUGAUCUGUGCCACACAGAUGCUGGAGAGUAUGGUCCAUCACACGCGUCCCACCCGUGCAGAGAGCAGCGAUGUGGCCAAUGCGGUGCUGGACGGAGCCGACUGCGUCAUGCUGUCUGCAGAAACGGCCAAAGGAAGCUUCCCUGUAGAAGCUGUUGCCAUGAUGCACUCGAUCUGUCGCGAGGCCGAGGCGGCCAUCUUUCAUCAGCAGCUGUUUGAAGAGCUACGCCUGACCCCGCUGAGCUCCGACCCCACAGAGGUCACGGCCAUCGGAGCCGUAGAGUCGUCCUUCAAAUGCUGCGCUGGAGCCAUCAUCAUCAUCACCACCUCCGGCAGGUCGGCUCAUUUAUUAUCUCGAUAUCGUCCUCGCUGUCCGAUCAUCGCCGUGACGAGGAACGUCCAGGUGGCCCGUCAAUCACAGCUGCUCCGUGGCGUUUUCCCCGCCCUCUUCAGAGCUCCGCCCGCCGACGUCUGGGCCGACGACGUGGACAACCGUGUCACGUUUGCCAUGGACAUCGGUAAAGCGCGGGGUUUCUUCAGAGCGGGUGAUAUGGUGAUCGUUGUCACUGGCUGGAGUCCUGGAUCUGGACACACAAACAUCAUGAGGGCGGUCACUGUGCCCUGAACCAGAGCCUCUGAUUGGCUGGAGUCACUGACUGACAGUCCUGUGCUAAUUAACUCUGAUGUGUGUCAGUGUUGAUUUCUGCUUCACUGACGCCGUCAUAUGUCAAUCAUUUCUAUAGCAAUAAAUGAAUGAAAUAAGCCAUGUGUG